UCAGAUGAGACCCAUAUGGAAAUGCAGAGCUGGAGCCACAUUCAAGAUUCAUCCCCAUCCCUAUUGGCCCAAACACACUGGCACUCAUUGAUCAGUCCACCCUCAACCCCCGGUCUAAGAGCAGGAGAAACAACAGAGCUUACUCUUCACUCUUCUUGGAAUUCUUCUGGGUUGCCUGCUUUGCUCUACCCUCCUUUGUCCCAAGCCCAGAAUCUUGUCCUGGUCCCAGCAUAUCAAUCAAGUGCCUCAGAUACAAUCACAGGGACAGCUUAGUAAUGUGAUGGGUGGGCAGGGGUCUCAGUAUUUUGGCUUCUUCUUUGAGCACAGAAGUUUUUCAGGAAAGGUAUUGGAGGAGCAACUGUGUUGAUCAGGUGCUCAAGUCCUGAGGCUUUAAGGUGCUUGGACCUCCCCAGAGCCCCAGCAGCACCUUCGCUGGAACCUCUUCCUUCACCAAGACAAGAAACUGCUAAGCACUACUCCCUUCAACUCUAAGAGGAGACCAGCUCCUUACAGUAUUAAGGUGUGCCCACCAUUUGCAUCCUGCAGACAGUGCUGGCUGACAUCACCAUGCCAGGUCGGAACCCCUUCCCUGCACUCUUCGGCUUCCUUCUUCCUUGGGCAUUCAUGAUCUUCCACAAAGCCCUGGGGAACCCGGCACCCCAUCCGGGUUCCCACUACCUCCUGCCCCCCAUCCACGAGGUCAUUCACUCUCGUCGUGGGGCCACGGCCACACUGCCCUGCGUCCUGGGCACCUCGCCUCCUAGCUACAAGGUGCGCUGGAGCAAAGUAGAGCCCGGGGAGCUCCGGGAAACGCUGAUCCUCAUCACCAAUGGACUGCACGCCCGGGGCUACGGGCCCCUGGGAGGGCGGGCCAGUAUGCGGAGGGGGCAUCGGUUGGACGCCUCCCUCAUCAUCACGAACGUACGCCUGGAGGACGAGGGUCGGUACCGAUGCGAGCUCAUCAAUGGCCUGGAGGACGAGAGCGUGGCGCUCACUCUGCGCCUGGAGGGUGUGGUGUUUCCGUACCAACCCAGCCGGGGCCGCUACCAGCUCAAUUAUUUCGAAGCGAAGCAGGCAUGCGAGCAGCAGGAUGGACGACUAGCCACGUACAGCCAACUAUACCAGGCAUGGACCGAAGGACUGGACUGGUGCAACGCGGGCUGGCUACUAGAGGGCUCGGUGCGCUACCCAGUGCUCACUGCGCGCACCGCAUGCGGUGGUAGAGGGCGGCCGGGCAUACGCAGCUACGGGCCCCGCGACCGCAGCCGGGACCGCUUCGACGCCUUCUGUUUCACUUCGGCGUUGGCGGGUCAGGUGUUCUUCGUGCCUGGACAGCUUACGCUAUCUGAAGCCCACGCUGCGUGCCGGAGGCGCGGAGCGGUGGUAGCCAAGGUCGGGCAUCUCUACGCCGCCUGGAAAUUCUCCCGGAUGGACCAAUGCGACGGAGGCUGGCUGGAGGACGGCAGCGUGCGCUUCCCCAUCACCACGCCGCGACCGCGCUGCGGAGGUCUCCCCGAUCCCGGCGUGCGCAGCUUCGGCUUCCCCAGACCCCAGCAGGCUGCCUACGGGACCUACUGCUACGCCGCCGAAAAGUAGGGUCCCGCCCUCCCCACACCCGC